AUGAUGCCGGUCGGCGCGGGCUGCGCCUGCAAUACGCAGUUCAAGACGUACCUGCAGAUUGACCCGAGCCAAGUCGCUCUCGUUGGUCCAUUGUCGGCACACCAGCUGCCGCUACUCGACGCGCUCCUCUCGAUGCUCGCGGCUGCCAAGAGCUCGCCGCUCGCAUUGGCGCUGGCCUUGCGCUGUAUGAGCCAGUUUCUCUCGACACAGUAG